CGACGGGCGAUCAAGAAGGCCCGUGGCCUAGGUCAAUGGCCCGCAUUGCACUUUGGCUGGGCGCGUUGGCUUACCAUCUCCCCACAGUGGGAGAGUGGACGUCGUUAUUUGUGCUAGAGGGGGUACGCGUCCGCGCGGCCCCUGCCAAUUCUCUCAAAUUAAAUUUUGGUCCUCCGACCCAGCUUGCUACAUGCUGUGCAACAACUGUGAAAUCUGCAGACAAUAGGUCUUGGAGCGGCGCGCAAUCACCAAGGGGAAGACCGAUUUCUGGGGAGAAUUCACCGAUGGCUCGGAGCGUGACGUACGUGUCGGCGGCGAAGCUGGUGUCCAUGGCGCGGGGGAACCACCGGAUGGCCGUCAUCGACGUCAGGGAUGAGGAGAGGAGCUACCAGGCUCACAUCGCGGGGUCGCACCACUUCGCCAGCGGCAGCUUCGCGGCGCGCCUGCCGGAGCUCGUGCAGGCCACCAGCGGCAAGGACACCCUCGUCUUCCACUGCGCGCUCAGCCAGGUGCGAGGCCCAUCCUGUGCUCGGAUGUUUUCAGACUAUCUGUCAGAGUCCAAGGAAGAUUCAGGGAUAAAGAACAUCAUGGUGCUGGAACGUGGGUUCAACGGAUGGGAGGUUUCAGGGCAGCCCGUCUGCAGCUGUAAAGAUGCUCCUUGCAAAGGCACAUGUUGCUGAUGUUCCUGGUUUACCGAACUGGAACAGUUCAACUCGUCGCCUUGUUGAAAUGAUCAUUCAUAACAUUGAUAAUAAUCUCAUUAGAUUUGACAACGGAAUGUCUUUGAACAUUUCAUUUGCAUAUACACAUGCCUACAACACUUCUUUUUAGCUUUUACGUGCGUCUACUGCACGGAGUGUUGAGUAAUGGAAAAUGUUUUCUUCUUCA